AUGAGAAGUCUUGCUGUCUUCGGGUUGUACGCCAGCACUGUUCUUGCGUUUGCUAACACUGCGCCCAUGUAUGGCAUCAAUGCUCUUUUAGAAGGCAAAUAUCUUAAUGACAUCCAAGAAGUGUCCUCUCGAAUGGAGAGCUUCACCAAGAAAUGGUGCUCCAACAUGGAAAAAGACCCAUUGAUUCUAUACCGUGUAAAGAACCUUGCAAAGAAGGCAAAUGAUAAAGCUGAAACAUCCUCAAACAUCAGAUACGACUCUCCGAAGCAAUUAGACCUCGCAUUUGACUCACUGUGUCAAGUGCAUUACUCAACAAGUCUACCAGAACAUGUAAAAGCUGGUGAGGUAUACGUCGUUGACUUGGACGAUGAAAAAGAGUAUUCUGUCAACGAGCUCUUUCUGACUAAUGCAUUCGUCACUGUCCAGGGCAAGCCAUCCGGAGGAAAAACCCGUUCAUUGAUGUCAGGAAUCAGGGGCUAUGUGGACGGUAUUCAACAAGGCAGGACCAAAAGAGAUAGUGACGAGUCAGACCUCGAUGCUGAAGCUGUUGCUGAGAAGGUUGAGUCUGCAUUUAGAGCAGCUGAGUCAAUGAUUGCUCAUGAGGAAGGUGAUUCGUACGUUACUGCGUUGGGAGAUGACGUCGACGAACCGACAGGAUCUAAGGAGCAGAAGACUAAGGCAGACCAAAAGUCAAAUCUCUUCACCAACUACCAGUUUUUCACUCCAGGUAUAUGGCUGAGUUUGAUCAUAUCCCUCUUUUUGAUCUACGUGUUGUACACUGCAGUCAAUUGGAUUACGUCUAUCCAAGUGACCUAUAAGUCAUUCGAGAAACAAGAGGACUUCCAGAAAAAAACCGAAUAA